CCGCGGAGCUGCCUGUCUGGAAAGUACGCACCGGGAGGGCUGACCCGCGGCGCGCCUGCGGGCAAGCGGAGAAGGUGGGCGCUUCAGAGAGUCUCAUUCCUAGACACGGGGUGCUAGGCCCGACUAAGAGCCCGCGGGAGAGUGAGCCUCCGUGGGUGACUGAACUGCUGAGACCAGCGUGGUGGCUGAGGGAGACCCCGCUGGGUGGGCGGCGCGCGGCGUCUUCCGGUUUUUGAGGCGUGUGGGGCCUCUUGUCUCCCGCCGGUGCGUGCGGCCGUGGCUCCCGGACCCGGAAGGGGCGGUGGUGGACCGGCCACAGCUGCCAAGAACCUCACUCUCCACGUGCUGCUCCGGCUCCCUGCUCGGUCUGCGUCUCCGCGCUUGGGCUGUGGCUACUGUCUGCAGCACUUUGCCCGACCGGCCUCCCAGGACGUGCUUCCGACGCACCCAGGCCCAGAUGAGGCGGCAAGCAGAGGCUAUCAAGAGAAAGCACCAAGUGUCCAGUGAUGCUCCACCAGCAAAACGGAGGAAUGAAAUAUCCUCUCCUUUAGCCAAGAAAGCCAGUGAUAAAGAAACUCAGGGAACAUUUAAAGGGAGCAUACACAAAAUGUUUCCUCCAAAGAAGUAUUUGGACAGUAUAGGCAGUGGAAGUCAAAAGGAGAAGCCAUGCAUCAAGACUUCAUCGCUGUUUAAAAACAAUCCUGAGAUCCCAGAACUCCACAGAACUGUAGUGAAGCAGGCUCGAGAGCAAGUGUUCUCUCCAGAAGCUUUCCAGGAGCUGGACCUCCACCCACACCUAAUUUCUACAAUAAAUACAGUCUUAAAAAUGUCCAGUAUGACCAGUGUUCAGAAGCAGAGUAUCCCGGUGCUGCUGGAAGGCAGAGAUGCCCUUGUGCGGUCCCAGACGGGCUCAGGUAAAACUCUUGCCUAUUGCAUCCCUGUCGUCCAGUCUCUUCAAGCGCUGACAUCAAAAAUACAGCGCAGUGAUGGACCCUAUGCUUUGGUCCUAGUGCCCACCAGAGAGCUGGCUCUUCAAAGCUUUGGCACUGUUCAGAAGCUACUCAAGCCGUUUACCUGGAUUGUUCCUGGAGUGUUGAUGGGCGGAGAGAAGAGGAAAUCGGAAAAAGCUAGACUCCGAAAAGGCAUAAAUAUCCUUAUCUCAACUCCUGGCCGUCUAGUGGAUCAUAUAAAAUCCACAAAGAACCUUCAAUUUAACCGAAUCCGGUGGCUGAUUGUGGAUGAAGCAGACAGGAUCUUGGAUUUGGGUUUUGAGAAGGACAUCACAGUGAUUCUAAAUGCUGUAAAUGCUGAGUGUCAGGAACGGCAGAAUGUCCUUCUGUCAGCGACACUCACAGAAGGUGUAACACGGCUAGCUGAUAUCAGUUUGCACAAUCCAGUCAGUAUCUCUGUCUUGGACAAAAGCUGGGACCAGCCCAAUCCUAAGGAAGUUGCUAGUAUCCAGCUGGACAGCUUUGCCAUACCAGAGAGUCUCGACCAGCAUGUGGUGUUGGUUCCCAGCAAGCUGCGCCUUGUCUGCCUUGCAGCCUUCAUCCUGCAAAAGUGCAAGUUUGAGAAGAACCAGAAGAUGAUUGUCUUUUUCUCAAGUUGUGAGCUGGUGGAGUUCCACUACAGUCUCUUCCUUCACACCCUGCUUUGCCACUCAGGGACCCCUACUUCAGAGCAGCUGCCAUCUGCCUCCUGGCCACUGAAAUUCCUUCGGCUGCAUGGCAACAUGGAGCAGGAGGAACGAACAUCUGUGUUUCAUGAGUUCUUCCAUUCUAGAACUGGAGUCCUACUCUGCACGGAUGUUGCAUCUCGAGGCUUAGAUCUCCCACAAGUCACCUGGAUUGUUCAGUACAGUGCUCCAUCUUCACCUGCAGAGUAUAUUCACCGCAUUGGAAGAACUGCCCGGAUUGGCUGUCAUGGGAGCAGCCUGCUCAUUUUGGCUCCUUCGGAGGCAGAAUAUGUCAACUCGUUGGCUUCUCACAAAAUCAACCCUCCACUCCUGCAGCUACCUCUUCCUGCUUUACGGACAUCUCUCCCUCAUGGGUCUGUGGGUGCUUGGGGGCAAGGCCGGUCUUGGCUCAGGAGAGUUGACAGUGUUUCUGAGAUUAAGAUGGAAGAUAUUUUGGCUGUCCUGGCAAAGGAUGAUUGUUUUAAGAGGAGACAAAGGGGAGUCCAAAAAUCCCAUGCCAUUGGCCCCCAGGAAAUCCGAGAACGAGCCACAGUAUUGCAGACAGUGUUUGAAGAUUACGUGCACUCCAGUCAAAAGAUGGUCUCCUGGGCAAAGAAAGCCCUGCAGUCCUUCAUCCGAGCCUAUGCCACCUACCCCAAGGAGCUGAAGUCCAUCUUCCAUGUUCGAUCCCUACACCUUGGGCAUGUGGCUAAGAGUUUCGGACUAAGAGAUGCUCCUAGAAACCUCAGUGUCUCUGCUGUGAAGAAGGCAAGCUUAAAAAGGCUUGACCCUCGGAGGAAGACCCAGAGGAAGCGCCACCUUGUGCCUGCUGAGGUCCUGCACUCGGAGCACUCAAGUGGGCUGGAGGGUGGUGGCAUGAAGGGCAGAAAGCAAGGCAAACAGCGGGGCCUUCAGGUGGCACCCAGCAAGCCUGGGCUGUGGAGAGAAUAAAGCUGCUUCUACAUCCAAAAGGCUCACCACCGGCCAGCAAGCUUCUUUUGGUUGUUUUUAGUCUCUACAGGACCAGGUCAGGGUGGAUCCAACAUGGCCUCGUGGCUUUAGAUUGAUGUCCUGUUCUUAUCAUCAAAAUAUUCUGAAAAAUAACUGGUACCUCUCCAUGAAUACAGACUCAGAAGAGCGCAGAUCUUCGCCUGUUGGAGGAGCCCUGAUGAAAACCAAGUAGGCAGGGGCCGGUGCUAGACAGUCACCUACCUUUGGCCAAGCCUCUUGUGAGAUUGCUCAUGGACAACAAACAUCCUGUGUGUCAUCCUGGAUGAGUGUAGCUCCUGGCAAGCUUGUCAGAUUAAGCAGCCACGUGUGUAUUGCAUGAGUAUUGUAAGAUAAAAGAUGUUAAAAACAGAAAUUGAACUUUGUACAGAGGGAUAAAGUAUUUGUUGAAUAGUUGUUUUCUUAGUCCAUAUGUUCUGUUAAGAAGGGCCGAGGGCUUUUACCUUGGGUCAAAAAACUGACUAUGUUGGAAGAUGCUUCUUUCUUCCUUAA